AUGGAGGACACGCAUGUACGACGCCGCAAGACGCGGACGCGGAUGCCCAACUUUCGUGAGAUCAAGCUCAUUCGAGACAGAGAGUCCAAGAGAAUCAUAAGACAGCAAUAUAUUGCCGACUGCAGGGCACUCAAGGACGAACUGGCCGAGUUGACAGGUCGGUUGCGUGCUCUCCAGAACGCACGAACGUCAGUGUCGUCGCUGCCGUGGCAUGAAGUAGCCACGUCCAUGAGUGAGGCCAUGGAAGAAAGUCUCUCGGAAUCCAAACGCCUUCAGCUGCAUGUGGAGCGCGCUAAGCUCGUGAGCGCUCGUUUGGUGCAGUGGAUGCAGUCCUCAAUGGCGCUCGACCUGGUCGAAUUCGAGAGCGCCAACGACAUCCGAAAGUGGGAUCUUCCUUGGAAGCAAUCCGCAUAA